GAUAUGACCGUUACGGCCCCCCCCAGCAAAAGAGGGAGGGGACGGAAGUGGGAGCGAAUCGAAAAGCGGAAAUGAGGAUUCAACUCUUCCCUCCUCCCGCCCAGAAAAAGAAGGGGGCGGAGUCACGUGGUCAGAGCCGCAGCUCAGGGAGGCGGAGUCACGUGAUCCGGGAGCGGGGAGGGGUCGCCAUGGGCACCGCGCUGGAUAUCAAGAUCAAGCGGGCGAACAAACUGUACCAUUGUGGGGUGAGUAGCCUUUGGCAGCGGCGUUGGAGCGGAAGGAGACGGCAGGGUCUGCGUUGCUCGUCCCCCGCCCCCAUUAAUAUGUUUUUGUUCUCCUGGGGGAGAGGAAGGCUGCAGUUCUGUGCCCCCUUCCUUGCGGGUAACUCCCAUUGGACUUGAAUGGGCUUCCUCUUAGGGAUGCCGCUGCAACCCGGGCUUCCUUCAGCCGGGCUUGUUUCCGCCCUUAGCCUUCGUAGGAUUGCAAGGGUGCCAGCUGGGAUGAGUAUUCGGCGAGCCUGGCUUCGUUCCCCAGGCAGCAGAAGAAGGGGGCCAGCCAUUCUCGCCCUUGCUGCUCCAACUGAGGGAAUAAUAAUAAUAAUAAUAAAUAAAUAAUUUAUUUAUACCCCGCCCAUCUGGCUGGGCUUCUCCAGCCACUCUGGGUGGCUUCCAACAAAAAUAAAAAAUACUGUACAUUAAAACCCCAGUCCUUAAAAACUUCCCUAAACAGGACUGCCUUCAGUUGUCUUCUAAACGUCAGAUAUUUAUCUCUUUGACAUCUGAUGGGAGGGCAUUCCACAGGGUGGGAGCCGCUACCGAGAAGGCCCUCUGCCUGGUUGCCACAAGUAGAGGAGGGUCCUCUCCGCACCAGCAGAGGAGAGAACAUAGAGCCCUGCAGCUGCGCCGCUGAACUCCCAGCAGCCCCAGAUGGCAGGCCAGGGCUCAGGAGUUAUCUACAGGGAAUAAAGAUCCUGUGGCCGCCGCUUAGUGUACUGUAGGCAGUACUCACUGGGCAUAAGACAAUAUCCCUGUAUGUGCUUUCUCCUUAACCCAGCCUGUGUUGAGAUGUGGUGGCAUGAAGAUCAAAAUAAAGCAAUUUCCCAUUCACAAAGAAAUGGAGACUAUUGCAAAAUUUAAGGCCAGAGAUCAGGGAUAGAGAUGUUGUCGGACUAUCAACUCCAACUGGCAUGGCCAGUAGUUGUUGGUGAUGCCCCUUAGAGAGGGUCACAGGUUAUGCAUCCCUGCUCUACAGAUACAAUGCUAGCAUGUCUGAAGGAAGGGAAAUCUGCUAUAAAAUCAGUGCUUUUUAUCAGGGGUACUCAAGGGUACACAGUACUGAGACAUAUUUUUCUAGAAAAAAAGCACUGUAUACAAUGCUAACCUGUUGAGAAGAUAGCAUGUCUGUUGUCCUGUCCCCAACCUCCGACUCCUGUGUAUUAUUAUUAUUUAUUAUGUUAUUAUUAUUAUUAUUUAUUUUAUCUAUAGUGUUGGUAGGGGUGUUUAUUUUUUCAUGUGACCCAAACCUACAGUUUGAAUAUAACCGUCUGGGCAUGGUUUUACUGGCUCAUCCGCUGAUAAACUCAUUGUCAUUGGAUAGGGCCUAUUCAACCUAGAGUGUCCCAAAUAAAAAAUUGAAUUGAUUAUAAGAAAUGGGUUGCUGUACUGUACAUGCAACAAAACAGAGGACAAGUCUGCAUGGCUGAACAGAGACAAUUGCGUAUUAUAAGAGCAUUUGAACUAGUGGUGCAGUUGGUGAAAACAAGUGAAAGAGCAGGCUUUUUCAAUAUUUUUACAUUUUCUCUAUCCCUAUCUGUUAGGGAAACAGUUAAUCAUCAUAAUGGAGUGAUAGGAAUGUGCUUAGAGUGGCAAGGUAUGUGCAGAAAUUCUAGAGGUUGAGACUUGUUUGGUCCAAAGGUGGAAUUGGGGAGACUUAAGUACAUGGGAUCCAAUUAUUAUUAUAAUUAAAUUAAUAGAGUCAAAAGAUUGUGCUUCAGAGCAUGGUUUAUCUCCUCCAGGAUUUUGUUUCUGGCAGAGGCCUCUGGAAAUGUAUUCGGUGCAUAAAGGGCCUUCUCUUCUUCUUUGGUUUCUGCUAUUCAGAGGUUUAGUGCCUGUGCUCAGAAAGUCUCCAUUUAGCUGUUGCAACUUGCACUUCCUCAAGCCCUGUGAAGUUUCUGUGCCCAGAGCUCAGAAAGUGCUUACAGUAAUGAAAUUCCCCAUCACAAAAUGUGCCUAGAACAAUGGGAGUUUUGAACACUGUGUUUAAGAUUUCAGAUUAAAACUGCAGAGUGGAAGGAAAGGAGGACCUUUUUCUGCCUCCCCACUGUCAGCUACUCUCUGAAGACUGGAGAAGUGACCCUCUUAAGAAUAUCAGGGGUGUGGGCAGGGGAAAGACUAGGCCAUGUGAAAAAUGAACAUAAUAUUUUAGCUACAGUUCAUUCAUUUUCAGCUUUGAAUUCUUGUUACAAAGAAGCACACCUGGGCAUUCCAUUGUUGCGCCCAUAACCUAGGUUUAAGGUGCCUUUUAGCUCCUAGCUUUCAUAUCUGUUUCUAACACUGCACACACAGUCAGUAAGUGAUCCUGAGGAGAAGAUGAGACGCAACACACUUCCUAGAGAAGUUCUCUUUUAGAGCUACUUUUAGAUGAGCGAUCUGGGAACAGAAUGUCAAAAAUAACUGUUUUGUUUACUCGUUGCCAUUGUCAAAAUGCUUUUUUUUUAUUUUUACUGGGAAUCCCUAAGCUCAGCUAAAGAUGUUACAAACUCAUCUCUUUAAUUAUGAAUCAUAAAUUCACUAAUACAUGGGCUUGCCUUCCUUAGGAAGUCAUCUGCCACUACUGUGACACAAACCAGAGCUAGUCAUGUUUCAUUUAUAACCUCUUUCAUUUUGGAGAAUUCCAAAGUGUGUUGCAACAAAGUGGCACACAGGAAAAAGCUCCUGAAUGGAGUGGAGCUGCAUUUGUCAAUGACUCUGUUAAUGGUAUAGCAGUGAUGUGAGUUUUCCAUUUCAUAUGCUCAUUAGUAACAACGAAUGGGUAUCAACUGCAAACACCGCAUUAGGCAAACUCGACAGUUUCAAAGUUUUUGGUUCUGCUUACUAAAUACAAGUAAAUUAAAUAGGCUAAGUUAGAUCACUCUAGAGCAGGAGUUGUCAACCUGAUUCUGCAGCACAAGCUGAAUCCUCCUUCCAUCGAGUACUGGUGGGCGGUAAGGAAAUUUUACCAUCAAGAAAGAUGCAUUAGUGGGUGGUAGGUAUAAAAAGGUUGACCACCCCUGCUCUAGAGCAUCAGAAAACUUUCCAGUGCAAAUUGCUCCAAGUUGCAGAAGAAAAAAUUCUAGAAAAUCUUCCAGUUAAUAUUUCUUCUUCUUGAAAAUCCAAAUCACUGCUAUUUAGCAGUGUCACAUAAUAGUUGGAGCUAGGACAGAAGAGUUCCAGACAAAUUAUGUACUCUUCCACCAUGUCACCCCCUUCCGUGAAUCAUGCUUUUUGAUAAUGACAGCACAUUGCCAUUGAAAUAUUAAAAAGAUAACGAGCAGUGGAUGGGUGGUUCUUGAUUUUUCUCUCUCCUCACCAUUUCCACCCACUUAGGAAGUUCUCACUGGAGUGGUGGUCAUAACAAGUAAGGAUGCAGUCCAGCACCAGGGUAUUUCCUUAACAAUGGAAGGAUCUGUCAACCUGCAGCUGAGUGCCAAAAGUGUUGGUGUGUUUGAAGCCUUCUGCAAUUCUGUUAAGGUACAAAUAUGGUUAUGGAAAUUUUUUUCUAAAACUCUUCUUUAUUUUUGUGAAGCCGGCGUAUCAAAGGUCAUGGUUGGAUCAAUACCAAAAUAUGAAGUGUUAAAAUACCCAAAAACUUAGCUUGGCUUUCAUAGAGUCACCGUCUGUGCAGAGAUAAGCAACUUCUUCAGUUUCUAAUAGGGAAUUUUGAGCUUAGAGCUCUCUGCAAAGAAAGCUUACAUUCAAUAAGCAAUAUCAUUGUUCUAUCUAUAUGCCUGCAGUAGUCAUGCAUUUUGAGGUAUUCUGAGGGGCUGAUACCUGCAUUGGAACUGGUGAAGGGCUAAACUACACAGCGAUAUAUGGCUUUUUAUCUUUCCUUUUUCUGUAAAUAAGAUUUGUUUUAUACAUUUUGAAAAUCAACAGUUAAAUAAUAAAACUGAUGAUGGGCCACUUGAAUUCUUAACCACACUUUCCAUGUUUAAUUUUCUUUCUUUCCCCCCCUUUUGCAGCCUAUUCAGCUUAUUAACAGCACUGUAGAAAUGGUAAAACCUGGAAAACUGCCCAGUGGUAAAACAGAAAUUCCUUUUGAGUUUCCACUGCAAGUGAAGGGGAACAAAGUUCUCUAUGAAACCUACCAUGGAGUUUUUGUCAACAUCCAGGUAAGAGAGGCUUUCAGUUUGGCAGACUUGUGGGGAAUGUGCAACCAUAGCUAUUAAUAUUUAUUAUUUGCAUUUGUAUUUUUCUGCUAAGCCGGUUUAAAAUACUGAAACACGUAAGAAUUAUGAUACAUGUUAAAAAGAAGAGUUGUAUUAAUUUUGGCUCCUCGGAACAGAUGGCAUGAGCUCCUUGGCCAAAGUUUCUCCUCUGCUACAUAUUGCAAAGCAGACUCCAUAAAUCUAAUUUGUUUUCCUGAUAGUUUAAUCUGCUUCUUUUCAGAUAAAAAAAAAUGCCUGUAAUAGAGAGAGCACAAUAAAGGAGAGUACCUAGUACAAGCUUGUUAGAGUGCUCUUCUGUAGAUUCACCUUUUCAUUUCCACUUAAAUCACAUGGGUGAUGCUUCUGUACAUCUGCACGAUGUUUCCAAACUUCUCUCUCUGUGCCAGCCGUCUUUCUUAUUUAAUGAAUUUCCUCUUACCUAGUUUUGGCUCAGGCUUCUUCCAGAUAGAACAUCUGCUGUGAGCAACAACAUGACAGAAGCUGUGCCAAUGCAUAUGCUGAGUUACUUCAUACAAAGUUUUAACUGAGAACUGAUACAGUCACUGAUGCUUAAGCCAUUUUUAUUAAACUAGAGCAAAGGGAACAAUUUCACUGAGGUCAGCGGGAGCUUCGAUGGAGGCCUCCGUAGGGCUACUCACUCUUUUUCCUUGUGUAGGGGGGCCAAUAAGAUAUCUAGCUUGUGAAAAGUUUUUUGUUCCUCACUCUUGCAGAACAUUUUAUUUGUUAUUUUGAAUAAAUUGGCUUUAUCAUUACUGCAUAGGCAUGUGAGUUCAUGUAGCUUGGUUCAAUGAUAUAAGAAAAUAUAGUUUAACAGUUGUUAAGAUAGUUAUUAUUUUUAAAAAUUUAGUCUGUCACUUGAAAAAACAAAAACAACAUUUAGAUUUUUCCAGUUAUCUUUAAUUGAAACCCCCCCCCCCCGUACAAAUACAUUAAAUGCUUAAAAAACACAAAGUUCAGCACUUAAUAAGUCGUACUUUAUGAGUUUAACUCCCAUUAAAAUUAAUGAUAUAUAUAGGUGGUUAGAUUUGGAACACUUUCCCUGUUAUAGUUGUUAAAAAUGAAGCAAAAUAAACAGCAAGGGCCCUGUGAUUAAAAAAAAUUAUCAUUGGUAAUCAAGAGUGCUCUUUGCAGAAAUGCUUUCCCUCAAACUACAAGCAGUUCAGAUAUUUAUUCUUAGAACUUGCCUUAUUCCUUUACUAUAGGGUUUUAAUGAUGUAAAUGAACUUGCUCACCAUGGAAUUCUUUUUGAGAUGAACCAUAGAGUCACAGAAUUGUACAGUUGGUAGGGACCACAACUAGAGCUGCAUUGUAAUACAGUGGUACCUCGGUUUUCGAGCGUCUCAGAAGCCAAAUGUUUCGGUUUUCAAACGCCAAAAACCCAGAAGUAAUUGCUUCCAUUUCCGAACGCGCCUCGGGAGUCAAACAGCUUCCGCUGCGUGUUUUUCCAUUUUUCCAAUUGAACUUGUAGCCAUGGUUUUCCAAUGUUUCGGAAGUCGAACAGUCUUCCGGAACAGAUUACGUUCGAGAACUGAGGUACCACUGUAAGUGGGUAUUGCAGCACUUCCUGUGACAAGAUAAUUUUGCAGAAGAUAUAAACUGUUUUCAACACAGGUUGUGCAUAAAAGUCUAAUGGUGAGUUGGAACAAAUGUGAAGUCCAUUUUUCAGAUAUUGGGGGGGGGGUUAAAGAGGUAUUAAUUUGUUUUACUUAAACCUAGAUUAAUCAUCAGAAAGACGUGGCUCUCAAAUUACUAAUCAACAAAAUAACUCGUUAGUAGAUUGCAUUCUUUUUCCAGUUCCAAGAUGGAAUAAAUGACUGUUUUUCCUUUGCAUAGUACACCCUUCGAUGUGACAUGCGGCGCUCUCUCCUGGCUAAGGAUUUGACUAAGACUUGUGAAUUUAUUGUCCAUUCACCAGUAAGUACUUGCCAAAACAUGCACUGGUGAAUUGGCAGUUAUGUAAGGAACCAAUAGGGAUUUAUAGAAGGAAGAAUGUGGACCUGAAGUUGGGGGAAAUGACAGAAGACGUUGUGUGAAUUCUCUAUGAUUCCAAGAAGGCAGGGGUUUUAAUCUGUUACAGAACAGUUAGAUCAUGACUUGGUUCACACAUCACAGUGAGCCAAACUAUGGCUUAUUGAGGUCACGUGACCAUCCUGGCUCCUGGAGAGGAACUUGCACCUGCUUUGCUCUUCCUGGUAUUUUUAGUGCAGUCUGAGUGUUGUCCAAACCUAGGAUCAUGGUUUAGGUUUUUCCUCCUUAGCCAUAAUCGGUAGCAAAGGUUUGGCUUACCAUGUGCACACCAUGUCAUUAUCGUUUAUGUUGCGCUCUCCUUUUAAUUCUGUACUGAAACUGCAUCUUGUUUCUAUGCCUGAGGGAAACACUAUCCUAGGCUGCCCCAUUACUAUAAUGAGACUUUUCUUCAUAGCCACUAGAGAUUAUGGGAGGGAGACCUCCUCCCUCAAGGCUGAUGAGAGCACGUAUCAAAGGACUGCCCCACAGAUGGCCAGUUGGGAUUGCUGGCACAUCUUCCACCAAGCAAGAACUACCUUUCCUAUAGUCAUCCAUUCUCGUUCUUGUAAUACAGUGGUACCUCGGGUUACAUACGCUUCAGGUUACAGACUCCGCUAACCCAGAAAUAGUGCUUCAGGUUAAGAACUUUGCUUCAGGAUGAGAACAGAAAUCGUGCUCCAGCGGCGCAGCAGGAGGCCCAAUUAGCUAAAGUGGUGCUUCAGGUUAAGAACGGACCUCUGGAAUGGAUUAAGUACUUAACCCGAGGUACCACUGUACGUGACUUGAAAAUAUCUUGGUUCUCGAACAGCUUCGUUGUCGAACAAAUCUGCUCCCGAUCGGCUUACCUGGAAGUAAGUGUUCUGGUUUGCGAUUGUUUUUCAAAAGCUGAACGUCCAACGCAGCUUCCACUUGAGUGCCAAUCGGAAGCCGCGCCUUGGUUUUUGAAUGGUUUUGGGAGUCAAACGGCCUCCCGGAACGGAUUAAGUUCGAGAACCAAGGUACCACUAAAUAUAACGCCUCAGGCGUCAUAAAUUGACAAAUACUAGACUUACCACUUUGACCCUUCUUUUCAUUCUGUUGCAGCCUCAGAAAGGUAAACCAACCCCAAGCCCUGUGGACUUUACUAUUACUCCUGAAACUCUACAGAACGUGAAAGAGGUAAGACCCAUAGUCCUGUAAGGGAUACCGUACUAGUGUGCUUACUGAAAAUUUGGUUGUUUAGAUGCUGUGUCAAACCAUGCAUAGGUACCAAGGAGGCCUGUUUGUGUGUGUUCCUGUCCGCCCCCUGCCCCCAUAUGUACGCUCUGGUUUUUUCCUUCUCACUUCCAAUCUAGUGGCAAUCCAUAGCUGGCCAUCACACCUGCCCUGGGUAAACCAUUGCACAACAGUCUGUGCAAACCAGCAUUGCAAUCCCAGUUCUUACCGUGGUUUAUCAUCUAAUGACCAUUUGCCCAGUUGAGAUGUAAUGGCCUGUAGCAAAAUCGCCAUUUAAAAUGUGUUUUUCCUAGAACUGGGUUUGGUUUAUUAUUUUUAGAUGCAGUGUAUUUAUAUGUGGAGUUAGGAUUGAGACCAUAUGCUUGGCGGCUACAUAAUCCAGUUCCUUUUUUUUUUUUUUUAUAAGAUAUUUAUUGGUUUUACAAAAAAGAUUCCAAAAAGUACAGAAUUACAAAAAUUCAACAAACAAAAAACAACAAUAACCAUGACAGAAAACAAACAGAAAUGACAAUUUCCAUAACCAGAAAAGAAAAAGGAAAAAAAAAAAAACAAAGAAAAAGAAGCAGAAAAAUUUAAAAGAUAUUUAUACUUUCAUUUAGCCUUCUUAUCUUUACCUGGUUCUUUGACUUCCCACAUCUCCCGCUUGCACUUCCAUUUAAAAACUCCUUUCAGCAAAUCCUUACCCUCCUUUCAUUAUCUUAACUCAAAAACUUAAUCUAUUUAUAUAUAAAUAUUUUUACAACCUUAUCCAUCAAAUAUUCCAUACUCUUAAUCACAAAGCUUUUGCCAAUACCAGUUAUUUUCAAUCAGACUUCAAUUUAACAUUCAUUAAUUUUAUAGUAUUUCUGUAGAUAGACUUUAAAUUUCUUCCAAUCUUCUUCCACCGACUCUUCUCCCUGGUCACGGAUUCUGCCAGUCAUCUCCGCCAGUUCCAUAUAUUCGAUUACCUUCAUCUGCCAUUCUUCCAGAGUGGGUAAAUCUUGUGUCUUCCAAUACUUUGCGAUGAGUAUUCUUGCUGCUGCUGUUGCAUACAUAAAAAAGUUCUGUCUUUCUUUAGCACCAAUUGGCCAACAAUGCCCAAGAGAAAGGCUUCUGGUUUCUUUAGAAAGGUAUACUUAAAUACCUUUUUUAACUCAUUAUAUAUCCUUUCCCAGAAGGCCUUAAUCUUUGGGCACGUCCACCAAAUGUGAAAGAAUGUACCUUCAGUUUCCUUACAUUUCCUACAUAAUCCAGUUCCUGUCCUUCACGACAAAGCAAAUUUGAUCGGUCAAGGGUUUUAGAAUGUUCAAUGGUUCUGUGCUUUUCCAUAAAAUACCUUUCUUUCCGCACAACUACUCCAGUCCCAUCUUCUGCCAUCAUGCUGUCCCCCUUUUUUAGAUAAGAGCUUAAACUACAACAUAUAAAGGGUUUUCAGUUUAGAUGGUAACAAUCUCGUAGAGCAGUUAUUAAUGGCAGUCCCUUUAUCGAGGGUCCUUUUAAUUUCUUGGUUGCUUGUAUUUAUUUAUUUAUUUUUAUUUAUUAGGUUUAUAUUCUGCUCUCAUCAAAAGAGAUCAGGGUAGUUCACAAGAUAAAAAAGGCAAUAUAAAAGCACAAAUAAAUAGUUAAAACAGAGGCAACGAAACAAUAAUUGUAUGGAAUGAAAACACUAGCUUUAAUAAACUUAAGUUUCAGUGGAAACAGAAUUUUUUCUUUCAGUAUUAUCUGUGUUUGAUGGAAACAGGUCACAGAAAAAGCAGUAUUGUGUGGUGUGAUUUAGGAUUUUAAUCCUUGUUUUGCUAAAUUAGGAGACUUCUAGUAUGAACUUGGAUUAAAAGGCAAUCAUACAGAUUUGGCUGGGCAAGUCUACCUUCCUUUGUAACAGACUUAGAGUGACCUAGAGAAUAUUUCCAGGUUAUUUCUUAUUUGUAAUGUACCUAAAGUGUUGUACAGAGUUUUUGGAAACCGACACAGAUCCUGCUUGCAGGCUUAGUUUAAUACAAAGGGGAAAUUGCAGAACAGAACGGGGAAAAUGGCAAUUCUUGAUUAGAUUACCUACCUUCUCCUUUAACUUCUCUUUGCAUUUAGAGGGCAUUGCUCCCAAAGUUUCUCAUAAGAGGCCAUCUCAACUCUACAAACUGCAUCAUAACACAGCCCCUCACAGGGGAACUUGUGGUGGUCAACUCAGAUGCUGCGGUUAAGAGUAUUGAACUCCAGUUGGUACGAGUGGAAACCUGUGGUACGUCUUUAUACGUCUGUGUAUAAAUGUUCCAGAGAGUUUGGUUUUAUGUUUUUAAAGCACGCCAAAGUGUUUUCAACUUAGCCAUUAAAUUGAAAUGGCCCUAGAAUAACUGAAAGCUUUGCCAGUAAGCAAGAUGAAAUACCAGCCAUAGUAAAGGUCACGCCACAUGUUGGAAAAUUCCCAAAGUACUUGUAGUGCACAUCUGCAUAGGUCAUAACAUGGGUGUGCAUACAACAAUUUACAUGUGUAUUAAAAUCUUUAAAUUUGUAGGACAUUGGUUCUUAAUUGGAAGCACCCCAUCCCUGGCCAACUGUAGGAAUGUUCUAGUACUUGAAGCAGCAAGCAUGGUAAUAUGUUAUUUAGCAAAGUUUGGUUUCCUUUUAAUGCCACUUUUGCCCUGCUUUUGCCAAGGCUGUGCUGAAGGUUAUGCUAGAGAUGCCACUGAGAUUCAGAAUAUUCAGAUUGCUGACGGAGAUGUCUGCAGAAAUCUUCCUAUUCCAAUCUACAUGGUAUUCCCCAGACUCUUCACCUGCCCCACCUUGGAAACCACAAACUUCAAAGUUGGUAAGGAAUAGUUUGACUUAUUCCUAUUAUUCUUCAUUUAUUGGUUGCAUUAUAUAGAUAUAGGUCUAUCAGCAACUUACAAAAAUUAAUUUUAGAAGCUAGUAGUCCCAGUGGUUUUAGUGUAGGUCUAUUCUGAGUGACUAAGGUUGGAUAUCACCAUAAAAAAUUACCUGGAAUUGACACAUUAUAUUGGUAAUUAUCAGCUUAUUUUCUGAGGCCAAGAAUCUAGCAAGGCAACUUGCCGCCAGCAUAUUUCUUCCCUAGUUAAGUUGAAGCAAUAGUUUGACUUGAUUUUCAGUGCUGGCUGUCUGGAACUCCCUGGAAAAUGUUGUUUUGAUUAAGAUAGAGACAUACGCAGCACCUAGAAAUGCUUGAAUAUUUUUAUGCUGCCUUUCAAGUUACCCAGUUGGAGCUGAAUUUUUGAGGUAUUACUUGGCACCCAAGGAUGUACUGAUCUUCUUGUCUCUAAUGAGAUGCUAAUCCAGUCUCUACCUAAUCAUUAUUUCAAACCAUUUUGCAAGCUACAAAUGUACUACUAAGAUUACAGGGACCUGGGCGACAAUGCUAAUUCCAAGAUUGUGUCGUUUGUUCCUCUAGAAUUUGAAGUUAAUGUCGUCGUCCUCUUGCAUGAUGAUCACCUCAUCACGGAGAACUUUCCACUGAAGCUCUGCAGGCUCUGAUUAAUUAGAACAGUUUCAGGAAUACCAUUGGGACCAGAAGCCUCCUAUCAGUUGGGAAUCCAGUGUGUUGGCACUGCGAAAACCAAGCAAUGUGAUUGCUGCCGUGUAUUCUCAAAUCCUAUGGCGAUAGAAGAAUGAAGUUUAGGUGUUCUGUACACUUGCAGCUAUAAAAGUGCUCUCUCAAGGUUGUUGCCCAACAUCAACCAGCUGAAUUUUGCCCCGAUUCUACUGUGGAGUCGUGUUUAUCAGAUGUUGAAGAGUUGCCUCUGCUUAUGGUGAAACCUUAUCACAUACAAGACCACUCUCUAGCUGAACUACCCCUUCAUCUACUUGAUCCUUGUUUGUAUUGGUUCUGCUAGCAGGAGAUCAUAACACGAAGGAGUUUUGUUUGCCAAUAUGUCAUUCCAGUUGAAGCCAUUUCCUAUCCAUGUGAGCGUAUGCUCACUGUGCUUACAUGUAGUAAUGCUAUACAAAUUUUGAAGAAAAUCUACUGUAAUCUUCGAAAGAGCUGUGUGGUAGGAAUUAUAUUUACCUAAGGAGCCGACCUGAAUUUUUCAAAAUUGAAUUUUUCAAACUGCUAUAUAGAAAUUCCUGUUUUCACCAUCGGCAUUUUAAAUAAAAACUUUGAGUGAAUGCUCCUGGCCAUCAACUGCCCGUGGGGGGUAUUUUGGCUUGGGUGCAAUGGUUUAACAUAAAUAGCAUAGGAUUCCUCAGUAUUGGGAGCACCAACUAUAAUGAUUAGCUCUCAUUUGCCUGCAAGCAGAAUGGUAUUACACUGCCAUCUUCGGACAAGUUUGCCUUUAGAAUGAGACGAAAUCCACUUGAGUUGAACUAAGGGAAAAUUGGGACAUAGAAGAGGAGAUGGUAGAAUAAAUAUCGUGCUACCUAUCCUUGAAAGGUGUCAGCCUACAAGCUUACUAAAGGAAUGGAACCACCUGGUGAUGUUCAUUUUUGCCUAGACCUGAUCCCAUGUCCUUGCUGCAUUGCCUUACCAGGUUCUAAAUGUUGUACACCAACCAAAUACAGCCCAUUCCUGAGUUGUGGCUACUUGCAUAAAGUAAUGAAAUAUGUAGUUCAUUAUCCCAAAGUGCCUGUUUAGUGACAGGAGCUUUGAUUUGUUCCUCCAAAUAUGUCUGUUGCUAAAAUGGAUGAAGUCCUCUCACAUAUGCAAUGUAUGUUAGAAAGCAAACUAAAAUUCUGUGGCUUGCUCACAGUGUGUUGUCUUAUCUAACAACUUGCGUCUCUACCCAAGUUAGGCGUGCACUGGUCUUCCUGGGAAGUGGUUUCUAGAACCUUAUUUUGGAAUCUACAGGGAAAACAUGCUACAAGGUGCUGAUAUGUGCCCAUUUACUUUUACAUACAAUUAGCCUACAUUUUACAUACAUUUUUUACAGGUGACGCGGGUGGCGCUGUGGGUAAAACCUCAGCGCCUAGGACUUGCCGAUCGUCAGGUCGGCGGUUCGAAUCCCCGCGGCAGGGUGCGCUCCCGUUGCUCGGUCCCAGCGCCUGCCAACCUAGCAGUUCGAAAGCACCCCCGGGUGCAAGUAGAUAAAUAGGGACCGCUUACUAGCGGGAAGGUAAACGGCGUUUCCGCGUGCUGUGCUGGUGCUGGCUUGCCAGAGCAGCUUUGUCACGCUGGCCACGUGACCCGGAAGUGUCUUUGGACAGCGCUGGCCCCCGGCCUCUUAAGCGAGAUGGGCGCGCAACCCCAGAGUCGGACACGACUGGCCCGUACGGGCAGGGGUACCUUUACCUUUUACCUUUACAUACAUACAUUGCAUGUAGAUCAUGUUAGCUCAGCCUUUACAGGAGGUGAUAUUAUGGUCAGCUCUCUCAACUUUUUUUUGUCUUUGAGCCUAAUAAAAGUGGCACUGGUGCUCUGUUUACAGUUGUACCACUAGCAGCACACCUGCCAGAAGUGGUGAUGAUAGCCCUGCUCAGUCAUUUUGCCCAUUACUGCAGCUAUUAGGCAGAGUAGGUGGAAAUGAGCAAUACAUUGAAAAAUAGGAAGGGCAAAAAACUGAUAUGGGCAACAAUAAAAGGGCCUUCCUUCCUUUUUUUAAAAAAAGAACUGUAGAAAGGGACAGUAACGCUGUGUAGAGAAUAAGGCAACUUAAACAGGGCCAUGUACACACCAAGGAAAAGACUACUCUGAAACCAACAGCUAAGCUACUGGGGAUUCAGAAGAAAAGCUAUGUGAUAGAACUCUGUCCAAGGGCAAAAAAGGUAGUCAAACUGCAGGCAGGGUAACAGAGCUGAGCAUGAGGCAGGCCAAGUGUGUGACCCAGUUCCUCAUAAAUGAAGGCAGGAACAAACCCAGGCUUCAGAAGUGGCAAGCAGGAGCUGUUGGUCUUACCUGAAAUACAUUUCUGAGAGAUGUUUCAACAGACUCAGGUGGGCUUAGCUCCCCCUAGCGCUCAAAGACAGGAAUGCAGACACCACGCAAGAAAAGUUUCAACUCUCAUUUCCUUGAAGCUACCUCAAGUUAUUGGAUAAGGAGCAAAGAAAUGCAGGCCACACAAAAAACAGAACAUUAUAUGCAAUGCAGACAACAAAUAGCUGAACAUCUGAAUGCAGCAAGGAACCACUAGCCUAUGCAUGUGAAACGAAGUGUAGGAUUACAAAACAAGGUGACAAAACUAAUUAUGAGUUAUGAAAAUCCAUUUUCUUAAAAGAGGUUUGUCAGACAACUACACAGUUGAUAUUAUUCAUUUUUAUUGGUUCAGAGGCUGUGAUAAAUGUGAUUACAAAGUUUUGCUUUGAAAGUAUGCAGCUAUUUCAGUACUGUAUUCUGAAUGCAGGUAAAAUGAGCAAAUACUCAGCAUCUAGACAACGUAUAGAAGGUCUUCAGUUAUGAAUCAAACAUUUAAAUGCAACAUUUUGAAUCGGAAGGAGUGACAAAAAAGAGAUCCAUGGUUUAGGGUUGGAAUUCCCAAACAGCCUUUUUGUUAAAUUACAGUGCAUUUUCAGCAAUCAACUUACAAGCAUCUUGUCAGUACAAAUGCCUCUUAAUAUUUGAUUAUCAGUAAAGGCAGCCCAUUAUUCAUCUAAAUAACCCAAAACUGUGGCCAAGGGCUUGCAUUCCUUGAUGAGAGUUGCUUUUCUGCAACAAUUUGGUAUUUAUUUGCCAAGAGGGGGGAGAGGAAAAUGGUGAAUUCUUGCUUCAUGAGGAGCUUUCUCCGCGGUUGAGUAGAGCAAAGUCAUUGUUUUAUAUUUUGUACCCAGACAUUUAAUUUGGAAAUGUGGGAAGACAGUUCCUGAUGUAAUUUAAAAUAGUUAAUAUGCAACCUUAAUUUUAAAAGCUUUGGUAUUCACAUGGAUUUAUUUGUGGCUAAUUAAGAACAGUGAGGCUAUACAGAUAUAAAAUAAGUGUGGCUAUUUUUUAAAAAAAUCUAAAGCUAAUUCCUUACAACAACCAAACAAGCUAGUUUAUUUGCUCACUUUGAAGGAAACUAUUAUGGACUUUAUAUGCAAAUUUUAAGGAAACCUACUCACAGGUGGUUUGCAAAUGCUAGAAUGUAAUAUGAGAAAAUAAACUAAAUUCAGAGCGGAUCUUUCUUUUUCACAAGCAGGAAGAUGAGGACUGUUACAGGGUCAGCCUUUCUCACAAAGCGUUACACAAGUUUGUCUGCUUUCUCUUCCACAAGCAUGUCUAGGCAUCUUUCAAACAUGGUUCUUUGGAUUCAGUAUUCCAAAUUUUAGUUUAUCUUUGAAGCCAAAUAUUAGCCAAGAAUUAUUUUUGAAGGGCAGAUUACUAACUUGUUUUUGAAAGCGCUGAAUACUAAAGAAAACAAGGUGCUUAUGAGUCUACACCUGGAAUUUUCAGGCUGUUCUACUGCUCUCAUCUGGAAAUUAAAAAAACCUCUCUUAGAACCAGUACCAAGCUUUUAAUUUGCUGAACUGUACUGCCCACUCUUAACCAGCCUCCUGAAUUCACAAGCGUCACAACAUUUGGAUCCACAGAAGCUAGAAACAGAAACAGAUACCUCCUCCUUAAAUAUAUAUAUUCAUGUGUUAAGGGGAUAAACAUUUGUUAGGCAAAUUUUGAAGGCUGCUAACUUUGUUUUGCUGCAAUGCAACCAAGGUAUUCAUUGCUCAUGUCUAUGAACCAGAUUACUACUGCCAAUACAAUAGAAACAAUUGAAUAAAAUAGCAGAAUUUCUAACUGCAUCAUUGCUUAAAAGUAUUUCAGAGGAAUUGUUUAUUGUAUGUAACAUACGAUACUCUAUAAACUGAUGACUCCACACAACUUUAUCAUCAUGAUUCUGUAUGAUGUGAAUCACAUAUUCUUGCUAAUCUGUAUGUAGCAUCUAAGUGGUUCUGUUUCGUCCAGGAAGCUCAGGAUAAUCUUCAGGUAACAAAACAUGACGGCGACAGGUCGGGCAUGUGCUGUGCUCCUUAAUCCAUGGACCAAUACACUGUAUGAAAAAAAGCAAGAAUUCAGAAACCUUUCAUUUAAAAAGUAGGGCUAUGGAAGGUGGGCAACAUUUUUUUAAAAUGACAUUUUUCUACAGUUCUGAGCACUCUAGAUUCAUGCUAUGAAAGGAAGACAAGUGGUAAGCAUAACUUUGAAACAUUAUGGUGCAUAUAAAAAAGACCUGACUUCAGUUAAAACCAAACUUCUGCAACUAGGCUUUGAAUUCAAACAUUUUCUAAUAAUCACUAGUGAACGACCUAUGCUAAAAGGCUGACAAUUUAAUUAGAAGGGCUGUCAACUAAUUAAAGAAUUCAAUACUGAUCAUUGGCUUUUCGGCAGAUUACAUCAAUGUAUGACAUUUACACAUUAGUCUUUCUGGAAAUGUUGGAAGCGGAAGGCAACUCGGAAUUCUAAUGAAAGCUCCCACUUAUUGUCAGACAAUAUUAAAGACGGCUCUAUUAAAGUUUUCUACUACAGGUACACACCAAAGCCCACCAACUGCAACAGCAAAUAAAAAAAAAUUGGAACAUGCAAUUUCAACUAAAACGUUUACCUUCUCUAUUGUUGAUAUUUAAGAAUGUUGCAAUCAAACCACUCAAAGUGCUUGCAAAUCAGCAUAGCAAUUGCUAUUAAUACUAGUAAUAAUGUUACUAGUAGUUGUAGACAGUCUUAGUGUACUGACUAGGCAACCUGGGCAACUCUUAAUUUCUAAAGCAUUUUGUCCUAAGCCAUACUGUGGCGCUUCACGGACAUGUUCACGUGAUUGUAACUGGCUGUAUGUUGAGAUACAGAUACAUAAAGUAGCAAAAAGUUACAUGAGUGGCCCAUUUCAGUCCCCUGAAAGUAUGGUGUUUUGAACACAUGCCACUACAACCACAAGUGUAUGUUAUAGAGGUGUUGCUUCUCUAGCAUAUCCAGGACUGAGGGUGGCUUGAGCUUCACUGCCUCAGUGUGAACUUUGUAUUCCUAUUUACAUGCUCUAGGAUUGGGAUUUUCAGUCACUGAAAAGUAAAUUCCAAAGUAAAACCUU